UUAAUUCAAUACUUGGCCUAAACUUCCUCCCAUUUCUGAAGCAAACACAUUCAUCAACUUCUCCCAAUUUCUAAAACAAACACAUUCAUCAUGAGUUCCUCAGACUUCUCAUCGUCUGGAGGAGAAGAAGAGAGGGAAGAGUUGAAUAUGUUUCACUAUGACCGUUUAGCUUUAAUCGGAAGGAGGCUUGAUGAAGCUUCAUCCUCACGUCGUCGUUCAACACGUCGCACUUAUAUUGAUCGUGAAAGGGUUUCAGGUCAUGACCGUCUUAUGCAGGAUUACUUCAAUCCAAAUCCAACAUAUGAUGCUCGCAUAUUCAGAAGGCGUUUUCGUAUGCAACCACGACUAUUUAGUCGCAUAAUGGGUGAUGUUGUGAGGUAUGAUCCCUCCUUUGAACGAAGGAGUGAUGCUGUUGGUCACUUAGGCCUAUCGCCAGAGCAAAAGCUUACUACUGCACUACACAUGCUAGCUUAUGGCUCUCCAGCUGAUCAACUUGAUGACUACAUGCGUAUGGGUCGGAGCACUGUACUGGAAGUCUUCAGGAAGUUUUGCAGAGCCAUUGUCGGGAUGUACUCGUCGACAUACCUUCGUGCACCAACUCGGGCUGAUUUAAGGAUCCUACUUCGUAAAGGCUCACAACGCGGAUUCCCUGGUAUGAUUGGGUCAAUUGAUUGCAUGCACUGGGAGUGGAGGAACUGUCCUACUUCUUGGACUGGGCAGUACUUGGGGCACAACCAUAAACCAACAAUCAUUCUCGAGACAGUGGCUUCAUACAACACCUGGAUAUGGCAUGCUUUUUUCGGCGUACCUGGGUCGAACAACGACAUCAAUGUUUUGGGGAUGUCUCCAGUGUUCGACCGUAUCCUCAAUGGAUCCGCUCCACGAGCACGAUUUGAGAAGCACAUCGUAAAGACGUAGAGCGGGCCUUUGGAAUUCUUCAAGCUAGAUGGGCAAUCGUUCGUGGCCCUGCGAGAUCUUGGGAUGUUGCCACAAUAAAUGAUAUAAUGUUGACAUGCAUUAUAUUGCACAACAUGAUAAUCGAAGAUGAGCAGGUUGAUUCUGACGAUGAAAUGGAAGAUAGUCUUGAUUAUGAGGUCCAUGACCAACAACCAACUAAUGUCAAUAGAGAUAUUCCAACCCUAACUGAGUACUUGGCUAGAAAUAAUAGGCUUCGUGCUGCACCAACACAUCAUGGGCUUCGUCAAGACUUGGUUGAGCAUAUUUGGAACUUGCAUGGAAAUAAUUAGUCAUUGUUGUUGCUUGAAAUUGAUGCUUUGUAAUUCAAUUAAAGUUGUAGUAGGUGAUAAUUUGCUUUGUAUUUCAAGAACACAUUUUUAUUUCAAUAAUAUAUUUUCCUUUCUUAGUUCGCUCUAGUUUUUGUUUACACACAACCUCAAGAUGAUAAACAUAAAUUUUAAAUAAAAUGAAUUCAAUUUA